AUGGCAAAAACGUUGGCACAGGGUAGAAAACCCGGGAGCGGCAGGAAACCGGGGAAAGGAAAGACACUGCGAGAAGGUAGAAAGCCUGGAAGCGGUAGAAGACGGAGACUUGAUGAGCCAGAUAGGGCAGUACGAAGUAAGAGCCAGGAUGCAAUAUCGUCUAGGGACUUGGAAGCAGUGGAUGCGCUGCGGGAGCUGAACAACAGUCCGCCACAGCAACAGCUUCCGCAGCAGAAACUGCAAUAUCCGCAACAGCUGUCGAGAGAGGCUCCAGAUACGACUUCGGCGCAGGCAGUAUCGUUGGUGGCGCAAAAUCAGCAGCUUAGCAACGCAGCAGCCGGCGUUCCAGGCGCCUUCGCGUUCCAGAGCGUCGGACCUUACAUGGUUUCGCCGCAAUACAUGCAUACAGCGGCUGGCGUCUCGUCGCCGUUGUUAGUACCGCUGGCACGCGGCGGCUGCCCAGCUGAGUCGGCAACCGGGAGCAGCAGUGCGGUCCUGGAGAACAGCAGAGGCUCCAGCGGUGAUGACGCGACGGGUACGGUUCUUGUCCAUACUAGUACAUAG